UGCUGCUGGAACUCAACAGUUUCAGACGUGCUGCAGACCUCGUUGAAAGCGGUUGAUACUCGUGCCUCACACUUCAAAUAAUUUCAUUUUCCGAAACGCAUUUUCCACCGAAGUAGAAGUGCCAGUGAAAAUGGUGUCCGCUCUGAAAUGCAGUUUGGCCGUGGCCGUUAUGAUCAGUCUGGCUUGUUCGGCCUAUGCCAUCAAAUGUUAUUCGUGCGAGUCCCUGACAAUGCCAAAGUGCGGACUGAAGUUCGAGGAGGAUGAAUCCCUGCUUAUCGACUGCUCUCGGAUUGGACCCCCUCGCUAUCUGCAGAACUUCUUCCCCCUGCGCAACGCCACUGGCUGCAUGAAGAAGACUCUCGAGAGCGUGGCCGGACAUCCGCAGAUCGUGAGGAGCUGCUACUUCGGGGACGUGAGCAACGUGCAGGCUGGCUGCCAGUCGGAUCCUUCUUUGCCCUUCGUGAGGCAACUGGGCUGCGAUGUCUGCACCAAGGACGAGUGCAACGGAUCCUCCUCCCUGGCCCCCAUCGCCGGAGCCAUCGUCCUGUUCUUCGGAGUGGCCCGCCUGUUGGCCUAGAUCUUAACUAGCCAGUAGUUCACACUUCUCCUAAAUGUUCUUAGCGAUCAUCAAUUUUAUUCUGUGUAAAUUGCUCUAAAUUUAAUUUUAAAAUAAACGAAGGACAGAAGGUUGUCCUAGCAGUACACCAAA